AUGAUAGAAAGUAAGACUUGGGACAUCGACAUUCAUGAGAAUGUUAGAUAUUGGCUUGACACCUUAGGUUUCAAAGGCGUGAUGGAUUGUGGGAGGCCCAUGAAGGUCGACAAUGAGCUGAUCACGGCUUUGAUUGAGCGUUGGAGACCGGAGACGCACACUUUCCAUCUACCGAUCGGUGAGGCGACGAUCACCUUGGAAGAUGUGCAAGCCAUCUACCGGUGGGGCUUGAGGGUGGAGGGUCGCGUUUUCACAGGGCGUGACUAUCAUGUCAACUUUCCAGAUUGGACCAGCAAGUGCCGCGAUCUGUUGGGAUGGAUACCAGAUACUUCCACAGAGACAAAGCAAGGCGGUUUGCUGAUGACCGCGCUGAUCAAACAGACAAGGAUGCCUCUGGGUGAUGACCUACCUACGUACGUAUACAUCCAAAGGGCACGUAUCCAUGCCCUAAUAUUAGUAGGAGGUCUUAUUCUACCAGACACCACGGGGUGUAAGGUUCCAUUUAUGUGGUUGAAUGCGCUUGGGGAUCCGGAAGAGGUGAAGACUAUUAGUUGGGGAAGUGCGGCAUUGGCCUACCUUUAUCAUUAUCUGUGCGAGGCUUCCAUGGAUAAGAGGAAAGAGUUGGGCGGGCCUAUGAUCCUUAUGCAGCUAUGGGCGUGGGAAAGAAUGCCCACAUUGAGGCCUUCGUUCAUAGGAUCAGUUGUGCACGAGCCAUAUACACCAUGUGGCGCCAGUUUAUCUGGACGCCACGCACAUUGCAUACUGCCUGACUACUGCAAUGAUGUGAAUGGAUGCUCUUUGUGCGAAACCUACUUGGUAUGUUGGGCCUAUGUCGAGGCACAUGAUCCUAGACGAGUGCGGCAACAGUUCAAUCGGUAUCAGGAUAUACCUCAGUAUGUAGACAGGAUGCUAAGGAACGCCGAUCAUUUGGGCAAAAAUGAUCGGCGUGGUAAGAAGGGCAACAACUGGGCAAACACACAUCAGUUCUACAUUGGGGAGUGGGACCUGAGGUACGAAAGGUUCCAUGCUGUCGAAGACGCCGCACCAAUGUCCAUGAAUAUUCCUAUGAGCCCGGGGUAUAUGGCGUGGUAUAACAGGAUUACCGUGACGUACCUGACUCAGCCUGGGGCACGGUCCACUGCUGGGAUGAACGAGUCGGCUGCUUCGAUGAGACUAUUUGUUGAGGGUUUUCAACAGGUUUUCCAUUUAACUACGGACGACGAAAUGGACCCACGAGUACGCCAGAUUCGAGAAAUUGUUAGGAAUGUCCUCGAAUCUACGAACAACGCUGAUGUCAUGGAGUACCCCGCUUCUCAACAUCAGGAUGUGGUCAUGCCUUAUCAACCAGAAGUAGUUCCACGGCGUCGUGGAGUGCCUGGUGUUCGGACUGGGGGACACGGCUACACAAAGCAGUUUAGGAUGUCGCAGUCGCAUCCCGAUUAUGUAGCACCAGAGCCGCAUAAUCAAGAGCAUGACCCACCCCAGUGGUAUUCAUACCCGGCGCAUGAGUCUCAGUCACAGUGGGACCGUCCCCUGUAUUCUCCAAGCCAGCCUGAGCCCGAUUGGAAUCGUCGCCCAUAUUCACAAAGCCAAGACGUGCCGCAAUGGAGUGGGGCCCGAGCGUCGGUCGAUUCAUUCUUCCAGAAUUAUCAGAUCGUGCCUCCUGUACAAGCUGAAGAAGAGGAUGAUGAUGAAGGAGAAGAAGAAAAUGACAACAUAGAGGAGGAAAAUGAGGAAGAAGACGUUGUUCAGAGCAUCCAUGUCCAACCUCGACCAGCUGCGGAGGGUUCAUCACGCGGCGGGGUUGGGAAGCUCAUGAGAAAAGUGUACAAGAGACUGUCAACGAGGAAGAAUAAGGGGAUUGAACCGUCUAAAUACACUCCGUCGUCGUAUAAGUAG